UGGGGGGGAAAAGGGGAGCGGUCACGUGGGUCGCCGCCGGCGCGACUCGGCUCUAGGAGCUCCCGCCGCGGGUUCCCGGGGCCCCGGUCCUUGCCCCUCGCCGGCGCCAGCCAGGUACCCUGUUGUCAGGGACGCUCUUGCCAGGUGGCCCUGGACGCGCCAGGCUGGGGUCGCCUCUGAGCGCCCCGCGGGGGCCAUGGAUGGCGAGACAGCAGAGGAGCAGGGGGGCAAUAUGCCCCCGCAAGGUGCACCCUGCGGACCCGGCUCAGCCGGCGCUCCUGCCCUCGGGGGGCGGCGGGAGCCCAAGAAGUAUGCAGUGACCGAUGACUACCAGUUGUCCAAGCAGGUGCUGGGCCUGGGUGUGAACGGCAAGGUGCUGGAGUGCUUCCACAGGCGCACUGGGCAGAAAUGUGCCCUGAAGCUCCUGUACGACAGCCCCAAGGCCCGGCAGGAGGUGGACCACCACUGGCAGACCUCAGGGGGCCCUCACAUUGUGCGCAUCCUGGACGUGUAUGAAAACAUGCACCACGGCAAGCGCUGUCUCCUCAUCGUCAUGGAGUGCAUGGAAGGUGGUGAGCUCUUCAGCCGGAUUCAGGAGCGUGGCGACCAGGCUUUCACCGAGAGAGAAGCUGCAGAGAUCAUGCGGGAUAUCGGCACUGCCAUCCAGUUCCUGCACAGCCAGAACAUCGCCCACCGAGAUGUCAAGCCUGAAAACCUGCUCUACACGUCCAAGGAGAAAGAUGCAGUACUCAAGCUCACCGACUUCGGCUUUGCCAAGGAGACCACCCAAAAUGCCCUGCAGACACCCUGCUACACUCCCUAUUACGUGGCUCCUGAGGUCUUGGGUCCAGAGAAGUACGACAAAUCAUGUGACAUGUGGUCCCUGGGCGUCAUCAUGUACAUCCUCCUGUGUGGCUUCCCGCCCUUCUACUCCAACACGGGCCAGGCCAUCUCCCCAGGGAUGAAGAGGCGGAUCCGCCUAGGCCAGUAUGGCUUCCCCAAUCCUGAGUGGUCAGAGGUUUCUGAAGAUGCCAAGCAGCUGAUCCGCCUCCUACUGAAGACAGACCCCACAGAGAGGCUGACCAUCACACAGUUCAUGAACCAUCCCUGGAUCAACCAAUCAACGGUGGUGCCGCAGACCCCACUCCACACAGCCCGCGUGCUGCAGGAGGAUAGAGACCGCUGGGAUGAGGUCAAGGAGGAGAUGACCAGUGCCCUGGCAACCAUGCGUGUGGACUACGACCAGGUGCAGAUCAAGGACCUGAAGACCUCUAACAACCGACUGCUCAACAAGCGGAGAAAGAAGCAGGCAGGCGGCUCCUCAGGCUCACAGGGCUGCAACAACCAGUAGCGCACCGGGCCUUGGAUGAGGGCCUUGGAUGAGGGCCUUGGAUGGGCCCGGCCGCGCAGCCUGGGGACAGACAGGAGCGUGCUGACGCCCCGGGUCAUUGUUUUUAACAAAAGGAUCAUUUUGUUGUGUUUUAUUUUGUCACUUAGAACUUCAGGAUGGGCGACCAUGACUCCAAACCUCCUUAGAGAGGACCCAGGGCCCCGGAGUUAGGGAGCCACCUGCCACAGCUGCAGCGCCUUUGGCCAGAGCGGCCUGAGUGAGAUGUAGCUCUGCUGGGCACGCUGGGGCAUGGCUUUAGACUUCUAGGCCACCGGCAGUUGUGGCGGGCUUCCCUCCUCCCUUGGAGACACCCCCCCUGUAGGGUGGGCAGAUGGGCCUGGCCUUGGGAAAGGCAUCUGGCCAUUGGUUGCCAUGGUGACCAGGGACCGGCUUGCUGUCUGUGAAUGCUGAGUGAGAGAGCAAGGGAGGGAGAAGGGGCAAUGGGGGUCUGCUUCUGCGUCCUUGGGGAGGCUGGUCUCCUUCACACUGCUCCACCCUCUCAGGCUCCCUCCCUUUGGUCUCCCGAGGCCCAUGGUCAGUUUGCCUGCCUCGCUGGGUGGUCCAGCCCUAUCUUGCUGCAACCCCGUCCCACAGGGCCCCUGGAGCACCCUCCCUGCAGAGUCCCUGGGCCUAGUGAUGCUGUUACUACCCGUUACCCAAAGAGUGGCCUCUCAUCUCAGGGGAGGGUGGGAGGUAUUUUUAACCCUUUUCUACUUCGGAAAAUGUCACUGUGACGAAAGCCAGUACACUUCUCCUGCCCCUACCCACUCACUGGUUCCCAGGCAGGAAAGCUUCUCUGUACCGGUUCGCCCUCCACCUUGUCCUGGUUGAUGGCAGGGGCUGCCUCCUCAUGUACUUUUGUGAGAGUGGAUGGCUGGGGGCAGGACCCAGGGGCUCCCCAUUAAUCAGGGAUCUCUUUCUACGCUCUGGGUCAGACCCAAGGCAGUGGAGGGCUGCUGAGUGAUGCUUAGAAGGUCUGGUUCUGGGUCCCAGCUUUGGCCUGAGUUGGAACAGAGAGGAUCCCUUCCUUGCCGGUCCAAGCUUACCCAGUCCCACGGCUGCCCAGGGUAGCCUCAGGGUUCUCAGUGCCUGAUAUGGGCCUGACAAGUGCCUGACACCCAGCCUGGUUCCUGACCUCUCUCUCGCUGGCUGGGAAACCCGAGCCCACGUCAGAUAGGAAAACACUGCUGGGUUUUACAUGUAGAUAGUAAUAAACACCAUUUUGGCAUUUCCUCCUGGUUCCUGGGUUUCUCUGUCUACACGAGUGGACAAAAGUGGCCCAAGGGCAGCUGCUCACACCCACCAGUGAUCCCCCUUUAGGCCUAGUAAGCAUGCGGGCUGGCUCCAGGGCCACUGUGGCUUCGCCGGGCAUGGAAAGGUCAGAGAAGCAGACGCAUGGCAGCUUCCUCAUGCCACCAGCUAUGGGGCGCCCCGCGCACCGUGUGUGUGACACCCACCCCCGGGCCCCGCGUGCGCCAGCGUCUGCCCACAGCGGCCACCCCCAGCUGCAUGCCAGCCUGCUGAAGGGCGGGCGGAGAGCCUGCUGCAGCGCUGAGCUAUUUUCAGAAGCUGCCAGAUUUCAUUUGGCAGAGAGAAUGUCGGGGAGGGGAGGGGGCGGGACGCUGGAGACUGUCUUUUGACUAUUCCGGCAGUAGAGCACCCUCAGCCCUCGGAAGCCCCUGCGGGCAGCCUCGAGGCAGGGCCCUGACUGUGGCAUAUUCCCUCAGCUCCUAUCUUGAAACCUCCCAGUUUCCCAAGAGCUCAACUGGCACCCGCAGCUCUCCCUCCACCUCCUGUCCCCUCAAGGCGUGGGGGAAGGGGUGGAGAUGGUAGAAGGCAGGGAGAAGGCCAGCACUCCUGAGAUGCGGGCUGCUUCCUAGCUUGGCGACCUUGGACAAGUCCCCCAGGUUUCCCACCUCAAUUUCCUCAACUGCGAUGGGGCGGUAGUGCCCACCCUGGGGAGUCAUCUGGGGGAUCCAGGCAGAGGAUGCAUGUGAAGUGCCUAGCAAGGUGCCUGGUGCAUGGCUCGUGCCCAGGACCCAUUUGCCACCCCAGCAUCCUUAGCCAUCAGGAAGGAGAGAGGUACCUGAAGUUGCUAGAGGGAAAAGCAACCCUGCCCAGAUCUAUCUCUGGGACUUUCCACCCCCCAAAGUCAGGCAUUUGCCACCCAUGGGGUUUUACUCCCAAGGGCUUGCUCUCCAGAGCAGCAUCACCUGGGUUUCCUGAACCUUGGGCAAAGCCUUGGGCUUCAAGGAGGGUGGCCUACCCUUCUGAAGGGGCCCUGGGCUCCCCAGAUGAAUUCUGGGGACCUCGUGGAGCCUGUGGUUCAGACCAACCCUUGCCAUGUACUCUGCCCAGUGCAAUACUGGCCAGAUGCAAAGGCAGAUUGUCUAGCCACAGAGCUGCAGACAGACUCCCUUGCUGGACCCUGAGCAGCCACGGCGCUUGAGUCCCCACGCUGGGUGCAAGGAAAGCAUCAGUGAAAGCUGCACGCAGGGCUCUCACCUAAACUCCGGGAGAAGGACAAAACAGCACACAAAUGCUACAAUCUCAGGCUCGAAAUGGUCUGUGGAGGAAGGGCGUGGCUUAAGAAGGAGGUGUCACGGGACUUUUAAGCCAAAGAGGGAACUGAUGCAGCCCAGUGGCUGGGGAGGGUGUCUGAUAGUUUAUAGGACUGAAGACAGAACUGCAGGGACCUGGAUCAGGGCCUUGGGGACAGAAGGACUCUACACCCCUCAGCUCUGCCUGUCUGUGCUUCUCCCUGGGGCUGAUCUUGAUCUUCUGUCCGUACAGCCUUCUCACAUCCGGGACCGCAGCUUCCGCAGUUCCAUCAGGGAGGCAUCUGCCAGGGGCCUACACUCCAGGCCCAGGGAGGGAUUCUAAUUGGCCAUACUUGGCCCAUCGCUGUUGUGGGGAAGGGGGAGUGGCUAGGUUGGUGGGGGUGCAGCAGAGGGAGUUAGCAAAGGAGAGGGUUGGAAGGAUUGCCCCCAUAUCUGCCAUGUCUGCUCGGCCACUUCCAAGAGCUGAAGAGACGUGGGGUCCCCUGAUCUCUGGCAUCAGGCAUGCUCUCAUAGGCCAGGGCAAGGAGGCUGGGUGCCUGGCCAAGUCACACUCUUUGGGCCUCAGUGUGGCUAUCUGUGAAAUAGGAGCAAACCCCUGACAAUCAGCUGGAAUUAAGCUGUGUGGCCACUUGUUCUCAUCAGCCUGUUCACAGGCAUUUACUUGGCCACCAUGCUGGCGUCCUGGAAGUUUUCAAUAAAGAAUCCAUGA